UGACGUCAGGCCGUUUGUUGUCAUUGGCGGCUCCCAAGAUGGCGUCCAUCAUGGAAGGGCCGCUGAGCAAAUGGACUAACGUGAUGAAGGGCUGGCAGUACCGUUGGUUCGUGCUGGACUAUAAUGCAGGGCUGCUCUCCUACUACACGUCCAAGGACAAAAUGAUGAGAGGCUCUCGCAGAGGCUGCGUUAGACUCAGAGGAGCUGUGAUUGGUAUAGACGAUGAGGACGACAGCACCUUCACAAUAACUGUUGAUCAGAAAACCUUCCAUUUCCAGGCUCGUGAUGCUGAUGAGCGAGAGAAGUGGAUCCAUGCCUUAGAAGAAACAAUUCUUCGACAUACUCUCCAGCUUCAAGAUUUAACUAUUACCAUUUGUGUCAGUAUUCUUUGGGAUGAAAGUGAAAGAAAACUCAACCCAAAAGAAGAAGAGAAAAAGCAACACUGGUUUAAGUGGGGUUUGAUGUAGGCAUUUAAACAACGUCAUUAGUUCUCAAAUUCCCCAUAUCUAUUUCUAGGUUUCAGUUCUUCUGAGUUGUCUUCAUUUUCAGAUAGGGUCUCCUUUUGUGGUAGUAAGAGUUUUUUUUAGCAGUUUCAGCCCCACAUUGUAGGAACUCUGAGUUCACAGGAGGCCAUUGUUCUUUUUGAAUCUUAAUAGGGUUAGUGCCAAACACUUCAGCUUCAAUCAUGUGUCCGACUCCAACCACUGACAAUAUGCUGUACCCUGGAGCUGGGCUGAUAUUGGCCAUACCACAGACACAUCACCAAUAGGGUGGAGGGUAUGACUGCCCUGUCCUGCUCACCCUAACCCCAACAAAGAUAGAACAGGGAAAAGAAAGAUUCUGGAUGACAAAAGCAACAAUACCUACACUAUCAUACAAAAGCCAUUUCCUGUAUUUGUUCUUUUUUUCUUUUUUUUUUUU